CGUGAUGAAAAAGAUUUGGUAGCUAUACAAUCCGGAACAGAGUUCGGAAUCACGCUUGGGACACCAAUUGGAAUGAUGGUUCGUAAUUUAGAUCAGAGACCUCAUGAUUAUUCAGAAACAGACUUGUACCCGAGACCUAGUCAUGCCGAUUGGACAUAUCUCCAAAAAUAUGGUGUUAAAGCUAGUAGCGGUGGUGGUAGAGCGUCUGCCAGAGAAACAAUAGGUCGAGUGGCUGCUGGUGCCAUUGCGGAAAAGUAUCUUAAACUCGCACAUGGAAUUGAAUUUGUAGCUUUUGUAUCUUCUAUUUCAUCCAUUGUUAUGCCAUUUAUUCAUAUGGAAGAUGACAGAUUGUUUCCACAAGACUUUUGGGAAUUGCUUAAUACCAUAAAACGAGAGGAUAUUGACAAAGAUCCUGUAAGGUGCCCGAAUAAAGAGGUUUCAGGAAGAAUGCGCGAGCGUAUUCUUGAAGCUAAAGCAACUAACGAUUCUGUUGGUGGAUCUAUUACAUGCGUGAUUCGCAAUAUUCCACCAGGGAUUGGUGAGCCAUGCUUUGAUAAAUUAGAGGCCAAACUUGCACACGCAAUGCUUUCGAUCCCAGCUACUAAAGGAUUUGAAAUUGGAAGUGGAUUCAAAGGUACAACAAUAUUUGGACAUCAACAUAAUGACCCUUGGGUUAAAAAAGAUGGACAUUUAGGAACCAAAACCAAUAAUUCAGAAAAUAUAUUUUUUCGUGUUGCAUUUAAACCGCCGGCCACUAUUUCUCAAGCACAGAACACAGCUACUUAUGAUGGUGUGGAUGGAGUACUUGCGGCAAGAGGUCGCCAUGAUCCGUGUGUAGUACCAAGAGCUAUUCCUAUUGUCGAAUCCAUGGCGGCGCUGGUUAUUAUGGA